CGAAAAAAUGCGUAGAAUUAUUACGCCAUCCCGUAAAUGCACAUGCUCUCCUGCCCGUGCAAUCUAAAAAAGGACCUCUUCCUCUGCCUAAGGAACGCCAUGGUGCGCAGGCGCGAGGAAACAAUAAAAAAAACUGGAGAAAUAGUAAACUCAAAGAUUUUCGCGUUAUUUUUCUGCACAUAUUACAGCUGCUUCCUUCAGCUGCAUUUGCAGGUUCUUUACUUUUGCAAAACGAUAGCGUUUGAAAAGUGUUACUCUCUAUUCUAGUUUCUUGUCUUUCCACUUAGCAAUCUGUCCUUAUUGCACGUGUCUGUUAGAACAACAAUCAUUGACCCCGUUUAGUGGAUGGAAUUUGCGGAACAGCGUUGCCAAUCGAUGCAUGUAAUCCGAUCCGAUCAACCAGGAUGUACCAACGUUCGGAAUGAACAGACGGCACACCAGGACAUACACUAAUCGCCGACCAGAGUGACUCAAAACAAGGACGGUAAAAGUUUGAACCAUCUGCAGCUGGGCCUCAUCGAGCUUCCCCGACACCAUGAAGCGACAGAAUAUCCGCACCCUUUCGCUGGUGGUGUGCACGUUCACGUAUCUGCUGAUAGGGGCCGCCGUGUUUGAUGCGCUGGAAUCAGAAACCGAAGCACGUCGAUGGGAGUUUUUGAAAAGCGUAAAGGCAAACUUUGUCGCCAAGUACAAUAUCACGCCGGAGGAUUACCAUAUGAUCGAAAUAGUAAUAACGGAAAACAAACCGCACAAAGCGGGACCCCAGUGGAAGUUUGCCGGCGCGUUCUACUUCGCCACGGUCGUGCUGGCCAUGAUCGGGUACGGCCACUCGACGCCGGUCACCAUCGGCGGCAAAGCGUUCUGCAUGGCGUACGCGAUGGUCGGCAUUCCGCUGGGGCUCGUCAUGUUCCAAAGCAUUGGCGAACGUUUGAACAAGUUUGCGUCGGUUGUAAUACGCCGGGCGAAAAAGUAUCUGCGCUGCCAGCAAACGGAAGCGACCGAGAUGAACCUGAUGCUCGCAACGGGAUUACUUUCGUCGGUCAUUAUUACGACCGGAGCGGCUGUGUUUUCACGCUACGAAGGAUGGAGCUAUUUCGACAGCUUUUACUACUGCUUUGUAACACUGACGACGAUCGGUUUCGGUGACUAUGUGGCGCUACAAAACGACCAGGCGCUAAUCAACAAGCCCGGCUACGUGGCGCUCAGUCUGGUGUUUAUCCUUUUCGGGCUGGCGGUGGUAGCGGCCAGCAUUAAUCUGCUGGUGCUGCGAUUCAUGACAAUGAAUGCGGAAGACAUCCGUCGGGAGGAGGCCGAGAUGCAAUCGUCCGUCGAUGGACUAACGACGUACGAGUGUGAAUCGACCGGGAAGUUGCUGUCCUGUGCCAAUCUCAACUACUGUUCCGAGGUCGAGGAGGAGGACACUUCCGUCUGUUCGUGUACCUGUCUGGGCGGUAACAGUUUCACCACGCACGAACACGAGUUUCUACUCGAUCAGGGAUAUCAUCCGGCCGAUAUCAUUACGAGUACGAUCAGCCUUAAGCGCAUGUCAAUCUAAUCAUGCAGCAAUAUGCACAUGUUCGAACCAAAAGCUUAGGGUAGAAAACAUGAGGCCAACCAUCAUGCCAAACCAGUCCACUAGAUUUUUAGCUAGAAUGAAACAAACAAAUGUUUACAAUUUUGCUCGUGCCAAAACCAUUACCAAACACCAGCCAUGUGUCCAAAACCGGUUUUUUUUUUACUGCACCACCAUUUGUUUCUCUCUCAUUACGAUGUUAUCUCGAUGUAAAAUCCAUUUCCAGUGUUUCGAAAAAUAAAGCACAAUCGAA